ACGGGGUGCGCGCACGCCGCCGCCCGACGGUACCUGGGUCUGGUAGCUCGCUGCCUCCUCUCCCGCUCGCCGCCGUAGCGCUCCUGCAUCGGUCGGCUCCUGAGGACCCGGGGCUGGGCUGCUCGUCGAGUCCCGGCCGCCGCCCGCGGGCCGGUUUCCUUCUCCUGGGGAGGAGGCGGGGAGUGUCCCAGGCCGUGUGGAAGGGGGGUCUUUCUCUCUCUCGCAUCCCGCCAGCCGCAUGGGAGCCACCUGGAAGGUCUGAGGGGCUGGGAGACAAGUUGCCGUGAAAAUGAUGCAUCCUGUUGCCAGCGGUAAUACUGCUUUCUGUGGGCCUGGCAAGGCUUCCUGCCUCAAUGAAGACAAUAUGAGAGCUGCUGAUCAAUUUGACUUAUAUUCCUCUCAGCAAAGCAAAUAUGGCCACACGGUCAGCCACAAACCAAUUGCUUGCCAGAGGCAAGAUCCGCUAAAUGAAACACACUUGCAGGCCACAAGUGGCAGAAGCAUAGAGACAAAAGAUGAACUCAAGAAAAAGAAAAACCUCAAUCGAUCUGGUAAACGUGGCAGGCCCUCGGGGACCACCAAAUCAGCAGGAUACCGAACCAGCACAGGACGACCCCUUGGAACCACCAAAGCAGCUGGAUUUAAGACAAGUCCAGGCAGACCUUUGGGUACGACUAAAGCUGCAGGAUACAAAGUCAGCCCAGGGAGACCUCCAGGAAAAAAGCAGCAAGCCUUCAGGUGUUCCAGUGAUGCCUAACACAUAAUGAGCUGGACUUUAUGCUGUGCUUUACAUUCAUGUGAAAGGCUGCCUAGAGAAUUGGAUUUGUGCAUUGCUGAACAUCUCCUGAUUCCAGUUUCUUUUGAACAAUUUAUUGGUGCCAUGCUGAAGAGAAAGAAGUCUAAGAGAAUGAAGUCUUAAAAUAUGUUUUGCUACUAUAUAUUCUACCAAGUACAUAGUGGGUUUUUUUUUUUUGUAACACUGUCUUUUGUCAUGAUAAACACUGAAAUAGCAUGUUAAAAACUGCCUAUACUUUGAAAUGGUCAGUGAGAAAAAAAUGGCCUUUUUCCCCACAAUAUGAUUGUUUUUUGAAACGUGAAUUGCUCAUUUUAUACUAUGUAACUCUGCUUUUCAUAAAACAGGAUUCACUGUUCUGUAUUAACACUGUUGGUCAGAAUAUGAUCUAAAAUACAAAUAAGUUUGUCUUAAUGUUUUUCUUUUUCAAUAUAUUUUUAUGCCUUAUUUAUGAAUAAAUGAAUGCUUUAGUAUCUCAAAGAAGGAGCUAAUACAUAUGUUAAUUACCCUGAAUUUGCCAACAAAAUGCAUUUUGCUUAACUAAUCUUUAGGAUCAGAUGAUAUUACUGUCUCAAGUCUUGCACUGGAUAUUUAAAAAAAUACUGGCACCACAUAUUGGCAGAAAAAAAAAAUAAAUAGGAUGUUGACAAAUGGCUGAAAUUUAACAUUUUGGGUUCUAUUUUAAAAUCAAGCUUCAGAUUGACUAUGAAAGAGACCCUUCUUUACAUUAUCCUUACUUUUAAAGACAAACAUGUAUUAAAGUAAUUUCACUAUCCCAUUUACAUUGAUGUAUUUGUGUGGACAAAUAGCGAUCAUAUGCACAAUCAUUUCUAAAACAGGAUCUCAGGAUCUGAGGAUCUUUGCAUUUCUUUAAAACAAAAACAAGCCCUGGAUCCAGUUGAUGAGUCAUCAGUCCAUUGUAAGGAUAACUAAGAUGUGAUAUAAUAAGAGAACUUUACUUUUACGUAUUAAAAAGCUUUAAAGACAGACAAUUCAGGUGCUUAUAGUAGUAACUGCAACUCUGUACUUCAUUACUAAUAGAUGUAUAGUAAAAUUUUAUCACACUUUUUCAGUAAAAUUGAAUAAUUCAGAUCACUUAUUCAAAAGAUUUUUUCAUUUCUGGAUAGGUUUUGUUCCCUCUAUAUUCUUAUAUUAUCAUAGUACAUAUAUUUUUAAAUAUAGCUUAACUAUUAUAUGUUUAUAAACUUGAGGAUGUAUCAGAAUCUUUCUUUGCUUUUUUUUUUCCAAGUAGAUAUAUAUGGCUAUGAUCACAUAUUAAUUUCAUUUUUGAAAAUUAAAUUACAUAGUAAAAUCAUUGAAAUUUUGUUUUGUAAUCAGACCACUUUGAUUCUUUAAUUUUUUACAAUUUACUUUUCCCACAGAUAAUUAUGGAUGAAAUAAUUACCAGUUAACUAAUAUCAGCACACUGUCCUCUGCUGUAAAAAGUCUGAUAGAUACUGUGUAUGUUUUUAUGUCCAUGAACUUGAGCUCCUCGUGUGCAAUUAUGUGUAUAGGAAUGGAGUAGUGUUCAUGAUUUGUAUCUACAUCAUCAUAUGGAUGUAUAUUUAUUAAUAAAGUCAUUACUUUAAAACCAAAUA